AUGGAAUGUUCUAUGAGUUUGUACGAAGAACCUUUGCUUGAUAGAGAUUUUAAUAUGUCCUCUUGUGAACUGUCUGAUGAGAAUGUCAUAGCAGAAACAAGUUUCUUGAAUAGCCUUGAUAGAUUAACAGUCGAUAUAUUACAUGUUCUUUGUAAAGCAGAAGGGUUGCCUAGCAUAGGAAACAAGAAAGAGAUAGCAGAAAGGUUAGCAGCAAAGACAGCAAGCAAGUUAAAAGGAAAAGAUUCAGUUGUCAGGAAUCAGUUAGAUCAAGCUAGUGAAUGUGUAAAUUAUAUAGAAGAUAGGUCAAAAGCUGAGGUUCAUAGAAAGGAAGCAGGUAAUAAUGUAGAGCAAGUAGAGUCUAAUUACGAUGAGGGGAGUAAUAAACGAUUCCAUGAACCAUUAAGUGUCUUUUUGAACCAGAAUGAAGACAAUAGGUUGGGUGAAGAAAGGAGAUAUUUGAUAUUAGAAAAGUUCUUAGAAAAGUCUUUACAAGCUAUACUAGCUAAGGCUUUAGUAGAAAUGAAGCAAAGUUUGUAUGUUAUUGGGAAUAAAGUAGAGGAGAAUAAGUUUUGGCCAGAGAGUUGGGAUAUUGCAGCAGCUUUAGAUAACUCAAUAAGUGAAGACUCUAUAGAAGCAGCCCUUAGAGAAAAACUCAUUGUA